AUGAUGCAUGUGUUAACAGAUUGGAUUGAGAAGUUCUGGGAAGAAUGGGAGCUCCGGGCAAUGGUUCUUCUCAGCCUCAUAUUACAAGUCAUUCUCAUCUUGUUGGGCAAACGCAGAAAGUACGUUUCUGGUAAUUGGUUGCAGAUCAUUCUUUGGCUGUGCUACAUGUCUGCAGAUUCGUUGGCUACCUUUGCUCUGAGUGUCCUAUCUUGGACCCAAGGACAACAUGGUGCCAACGAAUCAAUUGCAAAGGCUAUAUGGGCACCAUUUCUUCUACUUCACCUAGGGUCUCCUGACACCAUCACUGCCUACUCUUUAGAAGACAAUGAAUUGUGGUUGAGACACUUGCUUGGACUAGUCUUCCAAGUCAGUGUAGCAUUUUAUGUCUUCCUCAAGUCUUGGGUGGGCAGCCGUUUCUCUAUCCUUACACUUCUCAUGUUUGUCCCUGGAAUCAUCAAGUAUGGCGAGAAAAAUUGGGCUCUCAGGCGGGCAAGUAACUCUAUGCUCAGCCCACGUGACGAUAAAGGUCCCAAUAACCGUACCCAUUUCAUGGGGGGAAAAAAAAAUGUUUCUAAGAAGCUCCAAGAUAUACCAGAAGCGAAGCGUAGAACAAACAUCAAUGAUUUUCGACUUCAAAUACCAGUGGAUCAAGUUGAUCUAUCUGAUGCAGAGAUUUUGCACAAGGCUUAUCACUUCUUUGUGAUAUUCAAGGAUCUCUUUACAGGUCACAUACUUAGCAUUCAAGAAUGGGAGCAAAGCAAAUCGUUCUUCCUUCAAACUUCUUGGAGAAGCUCCUUCAAAAUGAUCGAGGUUGAACUUGGAUUUAUGUUUGAUGUGUUGUACACCAAGGCCACCUUAGCUUAUACCUAUGUGGGUUUCUUCCUCCGACUGGUUUGCCUUGCUUUCACCAUCAAUUCAUUCCUACUCUUUUUGACCCUCGAAAAGGAUCAAUAUCCAGACAUGGAUAUAAUCACAACUUAUGUAUUGUUUGUCGGAGCAAUUACUCUGGAGAUCUAUUCAGCCAUCAAUAUUCUAAUUUUCUCUGACUGGGCAUUCCUCUGGCUAAGCCAAAAAAAGAUCAAGAUGAUCCCAACAAUAGUCUCUGGUGCCAUGGAGAGAAGAUUAACUUGUAGGAAAAGAUGGCCUGCUUCAGUGGGACAAUGCAGUAUAAUCACAUGUUGCCUCAAAGAUAUAUCAUCGACAGUGAUAGUGGGUGUUGUUCAGAAGCUCUUCUGCAUUGACAAAGUGCUAGAGAAGCACCGAUGGUAUAUGAUUUCGAAUGCAUUACAACAAGAUGAACUAAGAAAAUUAAUCUUCCAACAGCUCAAGGCAAAAGCAGAAAAUAUGACAUUGGAAGAGAAGGAUACAUAUCCGUUUCCAUGUACAGGAGAUGGUGUGCUUAGAAAUAACAAUUACAUCUGGCAUUUGAUUCAGAACACUCUCGGUGAAGAAAAUUUCGGCAAAAGCAUACUUAUCUGGCACAUCGCUACAGAUAUUUGUUAUGAGUCUAGAUUUCAUAUCUCAUCUGCUACUGAGUCGAAACGUGAAUUGAGCAAGUUAUUAUCAGAUUAUAUGAUGUACCUUCUCCUAAUGUGUCCUUUUAUGUUACCUGAAGGAAAUGGGAUGAUCAGGUUCCGAGAUACUUUUGCAGAAGUUAAGGAGGUUUUCGAGAAGACAAAAUCGUCAAAAUUGGACAAAAGCGAAGCUUGUAAGAAGUUGCUGGAGAGUACGAAAGUGAAUUUUGGAUCAAACACAAGCGAAUCUGUCCUAUUUGAAGGAUGCAGGCUCGCUGAACGUUUGAAACGGUCAAAAGAAGAGGCGAAUUUGGAUGUAUGGGCGGAGACACUGCCUAAUGUGUGGAUGAAGAUGGUGUGUCAUGCUGCGGAUAAGUGCACAGGGACUAUACAUGCUCAACAACUCAAAAGAGGCGGAGAACUUCUCACUCAUAUCUGGCUUCUCAUGGCGCAUCUUGGGCUUACAAGACGAGUUAGAUUUACUACAGAAGGGCAGCAGCAUAAACCAAAUUGCCUUAAGGGCUAG